GCGGUCGUAAAGACAUUGGGUAAGCUUGUGUGUUCACUCUAGUGUAGGGCUGACUGGAGGCUCCGCUUCGAAACAUAAGGCGGACCUUGUGGGACUCGGGGUCUCUGCGGACAGAAGGAGGCAAGGAUCGACUUCGCUCAGGCGUUGUGCAAGGAGGAAUACAGAGAGACUAAAAUGAAGGCGCUUUCGAUGGCAACCCUUUGGGUCACUCUUGUGUUGCUAUGCAUCACAACAAUUCCUGUAUCAGCACAAGACGUGGAGCUUCUAAAGGACAUCAAGAGUGAGCUGCUCAAUAUCCAAGACUCUUUAGAUGAACUGGAAGAUAAAUUCGACACUUUCUACUCUACUACGAUUUCGACAGUCACAACUGUCGAUCCCACGAUACCUACAACCGCAACUGGAUCUACAAUCCCAUCUACGACAACCAUACCAGUGCCUACAUCAACCGCACCAGCGUCUACUACAACCAUACCAGAAUCCACAACCACACCAGCGGCCACAACAACCACACCAGAAUCCACAACCACACCAACGGCCACAACAACCACACCAGAAUCCGCAACAACCACACCAGAAUCCACAACCACACCAACGGCCACAACAACCACACCAGAAUCCACAACCACACCAACGGCCACAACAACCACACCAGAAUCCACAACAACCACACCAGAAUCCACAACCACACCAGCGGCCACAACAACCACACAAGAAUCCACUACGACUGCACCUGAGUCUACUGCAACCACCACCACUGUUGCAUCUGAACUCAAAGUUGAAUCAGGAAGUUUCACCGCCGAUUCCAAAUCUCCCGAACCCAUCUGCGUCCAAGAAAGCGAAGGCGAUCUCUGUAGCCGUCUGAUCAACGUUCUAGACGUCGUCGAAGGGGUGGUAGACGAAAUCAACAAUGGAACCAUCACCGAAAACCAACUGAUACUACUGAAAAAUUCUUCCGCCGAGAUGAAGGAGAUAGUCGACGAAGCAGACGGAAAAUUCUUCAGCAAUCUGAAUGCUGUAGCCUUCAAGAGCGAGACUAAACGCAUUCGGGAUGAAGUUUCCAACGCAAUCGCCGCUGUGGACGACUUGAUCCCGUAUGAAGGUCCCGCCCUGGUCAUCGUGAUGGGGGUUCUCGGUGGGCUGGUCUUUCUCAGCUUCCUUGUCCUCGCUGUUUACAUCGCCAUGCAGAGCAGUCAGCGUAAGAAGAAGGAGCAACAGAGGAAGCUGAACGAGACCAGAAUUCCCGCCGCGUCAUCGGCAGAAGAAGGCAAUGUAAACAAAGGGUUCGUUGAGGAGGAACUCCCGAAGGUUGCCGUUCUACCCAGGUUCGGGCAGCACUCAGGCAACUUUUACCAGGACAGUGCCACCAGGGGCAGCUCCGUUAAGGUAGAUUCGAUGGACAGACGCAAGGAUCGUCGCCCAAGUACCCCUACGAAAAGUCAUUGCGACGACUACGACCCGUAUUCUCUCGAGAGGCGAACCGCCAACAUCAGGAGAGCAGCGGCUCCGGGCGGACUUCGAAGAUACGAUCUGUAGAGCGCCGGUCCGUCGGAGGAUUUCGUAAAUUGGACCAGAAAUCGAACUACAGUGGUUAAGACCUUACUUUUAUUAUUCCGCGAAUGUGCAAAUGAUUUAAAACGCCUAAUCAUCGCUGAUUAAGUUUUUAGGCCUACUUUGUUGCUUAAUUUCCCACUCUCAAAGAAAAAAAAAAGAAAUAUUAAUAGCAUUAUUUUUAUAGAUAUGUCGCUCUUUAAAAUAUGUAAAGCUACCAAUACGAUUAUUUUUUAAGAGAUAUAUUUUAUGCACAUUCCUAUUUAAACAACUUUCAUGAUCAAGUAUAUCGUAUAGCCCUACUCAUAUGCAUUCAGAAUGCAACAGAAAUAUUUUUCAGAUCAGAAUACUUUCAAAUAUAACUAUACAGUUAUAUGUCUGUUCCACGAAUACAGCAUUUUCACGAUUGCCCUGAGAUCGAUCAAAGACAGAUUGUGCCUUUAAUUAACUACAGUGAUAGAUUUAUACUUGCGUUUUUGACAGUUAAGUUAACAAACAGCGUGAGUUUGCGUCUAGACAUUACGAAAAACGUUGGACUUACCCCACCUGUCGAAAGAAAACUGCACGUGUGAGUAUUUAAUGGAUUAGCAAAAGUUCAAAUACAUGAUUUUUGUAUGCA